CUCCAUUUUGAUAGUCAAAUCCCAGGGAUCCAAAAUGAAGGGGCUGCAGUGGAUGCUGCUCGGGGUUUUGUGUUGUGCUGGAAUCGUGUCUUCUAUCACAAGGGAAUAUUUUUUGGCCAUUAAAGAGAUUCAGUGGGAUUAUGCUCCUAGUGGUAUAAAUCUGAUUCAGAACAAAACCAUAAAAGAAGAUGAAGAAGCACGGGUGUUUCUGGAGAGGGGAGAGCAACGGAUCGGGCGAGUGUAUAAGAAAGCAGUGUACCUGCAAUAUACUGACGCCACCUACAGGCAGGAGAUAGAAAAACCCAAGUGGCUGGGCUACCUCGGACCCCUCAUUAGUGCAGAAGAAGAUGACGUAGUUAUUGUGCACCUGAAGAACAUGGCCAAACGAGCGUACUCCAUCCAUGCACACGGCCUCAGUUACAACAAGUCUAAUGAAGGAGCACUAUAUCCCGACUCGUCAGAAAAGGUGGAGAAAGCUGAUGAUUCAGUGGCCCCUGAAAAGUCGUUCACCUAUAUUUGGACCCUAUCAGCUUCCCAUACUCCUGGAAAAGAUGACACUAACUGCCUGACCAGAAUAUACCACUCGCAUGUUAACGCCCCCAAAGACAUCGCCUCAGGUCUCAUUGGACCUCUCGUUAUAUGUAAAAAAGGCUCUCUAGAUGUGCAUGGGGACAAGACAGCUGACUAUCUUUACGCCCUCAUGUUCACGGUGUCUGACGAGAACCUCAGCUGGUACCUGGAUGAAAAUAUCAAGACCUACUGCUCAGCUCCUGCCAAAGUCAACAAGGACGAUGAAGGCUUCCAGGAAAGCAAUAAAAUGCACUCUAUCAACGGAUAUGUCUACGGCAACCUGCCGGACCUCAGUAUGUGCAUGGGCAAUAAGAUCCACUGGCACUUGUUUGGGAUGGGGAACGAGGUGGACCUCCACUCAGCCUUCUUCCACGGACAGAUCCUGACAGACAAACGGCACCAUGUUGACACCGUCAGUCUGUUCCCGGCUACUUUUGUUAAUGUAGAGAUGGUGGCAGAUAAUCCCGGCCAGUGGCUCCUCAGCUGCCAGGUCAAUGAUCAUCUGGAAGGUACAGAAAGGCCAGAUAACACCGUGGAGAAGUGCCGCUUCUGGAACCGUCAGUCUGAGACGAUGCUACACCAGAAGAAGUAUUACAUCGCUGCAGUUGAGAUGGACUGGGACUAUUCACCCACCCGCACAUGGGAGGAACAGAUGUACCAUAGUCUGAAAGACAGUCCAGGCAAUGAAUUCCUCAAAAAAGAAGGCAAAUUCAUUGGUUCAAAAUAUAAGAAGGUGCUGUACAGAGAGUACACUGAUGACACCUUUACCAAACCCAAGGAAAGAUCUGCUGAUAUGGAACACUUGGGAAUUAUGGGACCCAUGAUCCACGGUAAAGUGGGAGAAAAAGUGAAGAUUGUGUUUAAGAACAUGGCUAAGAGGCCGUACUCCAUACACGCCCAUGGCGUUAAAACUGACAGUCCUCAGGUGGCCCUGACACGUCCAGGUGAAACUCAGACCUAUACCUGGUACCUCCCAAAGAAUUCUGGGCCGACAGAAGAGCAGGAGGAAUGCAGUGUUGGAGUGUAUUACUCCACCGUAGAUGUUAUCAAGGACAUGUACAGUGGCUUGAUCGGUCCGCUGGUCAUCUGCAAGAAGAGCCUGGCACGUACACUGGGGCUGAAGAAAGAGAUAGAGGAGUUCGCUCUGCUCUUCGUGGUCUUUGAUGAGAAUGAAUCUUGGUAUCUGGAUGACAACAUAAAAGCUCAUGUUAAAAACCCUCCCAAUGCACUUAAGGAGGAUGAAGAGUUUAUCGAAAGCAACAAGAUGCAUGGAAUCAAUGGUUUAGUCUACGGCAAUCUUAAAGGCCUGAACAUGAAGGUUGGAGAUAAAGUGUACUGGUAUCUGAUGGGAAUGGGAAACGAGGUGGACAUACACACUGCACACUUCCACGGCCAUAGCUUUGACUACAAGGUCAGCGGCACACAUCGAGCAGACGUGUUUGAUCUGUUCCCCGGGACGUUCCAGACAGUCACCAUGCGUCCGCUGUAUUCUGGCACCUGGCUCCUACAUUGUCACGUCACCGACCACAUCCAGGCCGGAAUGGAGACCACAUACACCGUAGUCGAGAAAGAUGGAAAAAGGAGGGGCUUCCUGGGUUUGUUUGGUAGUGGUUGAAAUUCCAUAUGCCUGUAAAAGGAAGUUUGUGUUAAUUCUUGCCCAUGAUUUUUCUAAAUAAACACUUGUAGUUAUUUGAAUUACUUGGUGUUUGCGAAAGAGCAGAAAAA